CAAACAUAUCCACUUAUAUCAAGCCUUUCCUCAAGAAAGAGACAUAUAUCAAGCUUUUCUCUUCAAGCUCCCAACAUAAGCAUUGAUCAGCAGGACGAGAGCAAUUUCUUGAAGCGACAAAUAGCAUCAUAAAAAUUACUGAUCUAUGGAGACCAACUCUUCAAGAGUUUCCAUGAAAAUUUCAGUAACAUUCCUCUUACAAAUAUUAGGAGUUUUGUUCCUCAACAACCUCCUCGUUUCUCAUGCACUAAGGCAUUAUACUUUUGAGGUGAAAGAAGCAUGUUACACAAGACUUUGUAGCUCCAAGAACAUAUUGACAGUAAAUGGGCAAUUUCCAGGACCAACCUUGUACGUUACCAAAGGCGAAACCAUAAUUGUUGAUGUCUACAACCGAGCCAACGAGAGCAUCACCAUCCACUGGCAUGGAGUGAACCAACCAAGAUAUCCAUGGUCAGACGGCCCCGAAUUUAUCACUCAAUGUCCCAUAAAACCAGGUCACAAGUUUAGCCAGAAGGUCAUAUUCUCUGAAGAGGAAGGCACUCUGUGGUGGCACGCUCACAGUGACUAUUCUCGAGCCACAGUUCAUGGCGCUAUUGUCAUCAAGCCUAAGCCAGGAACUACCUAUCCAUUCUCGAAACCUCAUGCAGAAGUUCCCAUUAUAUUGGGAGAAUGGUGGAAACAAGAUAUUGUUCAGGUUUACAAUGACUUUCGUAGAAGUGGAGGAGACCCCGUGUUGUCUGAUGCUUACACCAUUAAUGGCCAACCUGGUGACCUUUACCCAUGCUCAAAUUCUGAAACAUUCAAGCUGAACGUUCGACAUGGCAAAACCUACCUCCUUCGAAUUGUCAAUGCUGCACUGGAACAAGUCCUAUUCUUUGGCAUUGCAUACCAUAAACUGACAGUGGUAGGGACAGAUGGAAGCUACAUCAAGCCAGUGGAAACAGAUUACAUCACUAUCUCACCUGGUCAAACUAUGGAUGUCUUGCUUGAAGCAAACCAACCAAUAGGUCGCUACUACAUGGCUGCUAAGGCUUAUUCCAGUUCUGCUAAUAAUGUCUCAUUUAACCCCUCAAACACCACUGCUAUCCUUCAAUACAAACGAAGCAGGUACAUUUCAACCUCACCAGUCCCUUCCAUGCCCUUGCUUCCAAACUCAAACGACACUGUUGCCUCCACCAAGCUCUUGAGCCAGUUUAGAAGCUUAGCAGACAAGAAUCACCCCAUUGAUGUGCCAUUAGAAAUAAGCACCAGGCUUUUCUACACAGUCUCUGUCAACACGUUACCAUGUCAGAAUGGUUCAACAUGCACCGACAAUAUAAACUUAGCAGACAGUAAUCCGGAUCGUCUCGCUGCUAGUAUGAACAAUAUAAGCUUCAAAUUGCCUGCUGGUGCUAACAUUUUGCAGGCUUAUUAUAACAACGUUAGUGGUGUUUAUGGAGACAAGUUUCCUGACACACCGCCGUUGAAGUUUGAUUUUACAGGCAAUGAUUUGCCUCAAUUCUUGUGGACUCCAUCGGUGGACACGGAGGUGAAGGUGCUUGAGUAUGGGUCCACGGUGGAGCUUGUUCUUCAGGGAACUAAUGUGCUUGCCGGAACAGAACAUCCUAUUCACUUGCAUGGAUAUAGUUUCUAUGUGGUGGGUUGGGGAUUUGGGAAUUUUGAUAAAGACAAGGAUCCUUGGAAUUACAAUCUUGUUGAUCCUCCAUUUCAAAAUACUGUGACCAUACCCAAAAAUGGCUGGGUCACCAUAAGAUUCACCGCUAAAAAUCCAGGUGUAUGGUUCAUGCAUUGUCAUUUAGAGCGUCAUGUGACGUGGGGAAUGGCUAUGACUUUCAUCGUGAAGAAUGGUAACAAUCCAGACGAACAGAUGCUACCACCGCCACUGGACAAGCCCAAAUGUUGAUUUCAAUUUCCCAAGGAUAUAGACCAUGGAAAUUCGUUUAACAUAUUCUUGUAUUCUUUUUAUUCAUAAUCUCUUCAUUCAUUCUUUUGUUCUUUAUUAAUUGUAUAAUUUUCAGUGUCUUGUAUGAUGCUUGUCUUUUUUGAAUAGUUUGAAAUAAAAUCAUUGCUCCGUAUUUUUAUGUUAAGAAAAGGAAAGUAGCUGGCGAGAAUGUACAGUUUUUCUUUUUAAGAUAUUCUUGUAUUGUUUUUGUUCAUAA